AUGUCUGUACCCGAGAAAUUACCCAAGAUUGGCUACAGCGACCAUUACUGCUUUGUUGUCCGGCAGAAAUUGCCUCGAGCAAAACCACCGCCCAAAGAGACUAUCUUUAGACGAAACACCCGUGGUAGUCGAAUUCGAGAAUUUGGCCAGUGGAGAACCUCGUUUUCAUGGCAAGAGGUGAUCUCGAAAGGUUCGUGUCAAGAUAAAUUUGAAUGUUUCCAUCGUACUCUUUUAGGAGCUGUUGAAAAAUAUUUACCUAUGAAGGCAGUACGUAAAUGCCGCUCCGACAAGCCUUGGAUGACAAGCAAGAUAAAAUCAUUGAUUAGGAAAAGGCAAACAUGUAUGUCAAAAUAUGGGAAGGAGUCCUCUUCCUUCAAAUUUUGGGAAAUAAAGUUGCCCAAUCCAUCGAAGAAUGUAAGGAAUCGUAUUAUAAGUGUAAAGUUAGAAACCUAA